GUCUGGGAUGCAAGAGCGUCUCCGGUGCUGUGGACCGGGGCCGCGCCUCCUUUCCGGCCUUCCGGUCUUGCCAGCUGGGCCGGAAGGGAACGGUGCACCUGCAGUCCAGUGUUCUCAGGCCCUGAGGCUCAAGAGGUUCAGGCUCAUUGGGGUCCCUCACCGUGCUCUGAUGCGGGGAAAAGGUCUUGUCACCCACGGAGAGCUGAAGAACCUACGACUCGGACCUCAGCCCCAGGCUUCUGCUGUGGGGGACAAAAUCCUUAACUGUCCUGAGCGGACGUCCUGUUAGAGGGUGGCGCCUGGAUGAGCCUGGGGUAAUGCGGGGAGGACGGUGUUGCACUUCUUCGGAAACGAGUUGAUAGGACUGUAAACUGAGGAGGUGACAGCUACAUUUAUCAUUCACUACUGUAAUUUUGAAUGAAUGGACCAGUAAACACCUGAUACUGAUGUUAUCUAUAUAAAAGAAAGGAGCAAGUUAAGAAAAUGAUCCACAGUCUAUUUCUCAUAAACUGUUCCGGUGACAUAUUUCUCGAGAAGCACUGGAAGAGUGUUGUGAGCCAGUCUGUCUGUGAUUAUUUCUUUGAAGCUCAAGAGAAAGCAGCUGAUGUUGAAAAUGUACCACCUGUUAUUUCAACACCUCACCACUACCUCAUCAGUAUCUAUCGGGAUAAGCUUUUCUUUGUCUCUGUCAUACAGACUGAAGUGCCACCUCUCUUUGUAAUUGAGUUCCUACAUCGAGUUGCUGAUACUUUUCAGGACUAUUUUGGUGAGUGUUCGGAGGCUGCAAUUAAGGAUAAUGUGGUCAUAGUAUAUGAGCUCUUGGAAGAAAUGUUAGACAAUGGAUUUCCACUGGCUACUGAAUCUAACAUUUUGAAAGAAUUGAUUAAACCACCAACAAUUCUGCGUUCUGUCGUCAACUCUAUUACAGGCAGUAGUAACGUUGGGGACACACUCCCCACCGGGCAGCUGUCCAACAUCCCAUGGCGCCGAGCAGGGGUAAAGUACACAAACAAUGAAGCCUAUUUUGAUGUCGUUGAAGAAAUAGAUGCAAUUAUAGAUAAAUCAGGAUCUACAGUCUUUGCAGAAAUUCAGGGGGUAAUUGAUGCUUGCAUUAAGCUAUCUGGAAUGCCUGACCUUUCCCUUUCUUUCAUGAACCCGAGGCUUCUAGAUGAUGUCAGCUUCCACCCCUGCAUCCGGUUCAAGCGUUGGGAAUCUGAAAGAGUUUUGUCAUUUAUUCCUCCAGAUGGAAACUUCCGACUCAUAUCAUACCGUGUCAGCUCACAAAAUCUAGUGGCAAUACCAGUAUAUGUGAAACAUAGCAUCAGUUUUAAGGAGAACAGUUCUUGUGGUAGAUUUGAUAUUACAAUUGGACCAAAGCAAAAUAUGGGGAAAACUAUUGAAGGAAUCACAGUGACAGUUCACAUGCCAAAGGUUGUGUUGAAUAUGAACCUGACACCAACACAAGGCAGCUAUACAUUUGAUCCAGUUACCAAGGUACUAACGUGGGAUGUGGGAAAAAUCACUCCACAAAAGCUCCCCAGUCUUAAAGGACUGGUAAAUUUACAAUCUGGAGCACCCAAGCCAGAAGAGAAUCCAAGCCUCAACAUACAGUUCAAGAUCCAGCAGCUUGCCAUUUCAGGCUUAAAAGUAAACCGCUUGGACAUGUAUGGAGAGAAAUAUAAGCCAUUUAAAGGAGUCAAAUAUGUCACGAAAGCUGGCAAGUUCCAAGUGAGGACAUGAGAAGAAGCCAGAACUCCUCAAGAUAUGUUUGUUUUCCAAGUGUCAUUACAGUUUAUUACCAUUAGGUACCAAUUGGAUGGGAAUACAUAUUCUAGUUAAAGCAUUUGUGUCGAGCCACACACCACUAACAGAGUUGCUUAGUAAUCAAUGUAGGGUUCAUUGGAGCUUUAAGCUAAGGAAACUUCUGAAUGACUUAGCUUAUUUGUAUCUUGUCACUUAGGAAGAUUUUAGAGGUGAUUUCCUCCAUAGGGAGACACCAGCUGGAGGCUGCAUAUUUUAACAGUCAAGGCAAAAGUCUACAGUGAUAACCUCUCUCCUAAAACAAGUGAGCUGGUCUCAGCAGGAGCUAUCUUAGUCUGUAAUGUGAUAUAUCAAGUGCAGCCAAAUGUCACACUUGAUCUUAGCCAUCCCAAAUCUUCUGUCCCAACAGAGGAAAAAUUCCUCCCACCCCAAGAAGUUUACAGAAAACUGCCUCUUCAAGUGUUUGCCUUAUUCAGCUUUUCACUUAUGCCAUUAAGCAAGCACUGUAGCAAAAGCCACUCCACAUGGCCCUUGCAGGGAGCAUUGCUGCUCCAUGCUCCAUUCUCACUGUACUUGGUAUUGUAUUUUUUAUAAAUAAGAUUUUUAUGUAAAGCUCAGAUUUUGAUUUAUAGGGAC